GUGUGUGUGUGUGUGUGUGAGUGCGUGUGUGUGCUUGCGCGCGCGUGUUGUAGCUCUGUCAAUCCUUGGAUUAGAACCAAUGAUUGCAGCUUGUAGGAGGGCUGUCCAGAGCCAGAUUGUACAAUGUGCCUCAGUGCCAGAGUAUGAGUGGAGAUAAUUACGGAGAAGUCAGACUCUCUCACGCCCUCAGCUUCCUUGUUGUGUCCUUCAGCAAAACAGUGGAUUUAAAUCUCCUCUGACGAGCUUGAGAGCAGCACAAUCUAUCAGGAGGAAAAAAAAAAAAAAAAGGAAAGAGAGAGAAAGAACCGAUCCUGACAAAAAAGAAGAAAAAGAAGAAAAAAUAUGAAAACCAUCCAGGCAAAAAUGCACAAUUCUAUUUCGUGGGCAAUCUUCACGGGGCUGGCGGCUCUGUGCCUCUUCCAAGGAGUGCCGGUGCGCAGCGGAGAUGCCACCUUUCCCAAAGCUAUGGACAACGUGACGGUCCGGCAGGGGGAGAGCGCCACCCUCAGGUGCACAAUUGACAACCGAGUCACCAGGGUGGCCUGGCUAAACCGCAGUACCAUCCUUUAUGCUGGAAAUGACAAGUGGUGCCUAGAUCCUCGAGUGGUCCUCCUGAGCAACACCCAGACCCAGUACAGCAUUGAGAUCCAGAAUGUGGAUGUGUAUGACGAGGGCCCUUAUACCUGCUCGGUGCAGACAGACAACCACCCUAAGACCUCCAGAGUCCACCUCAUUGUACAAGUAUCUCCCAAAAUUGUAGAGAUUUCUUCAGACAUCUCGAUUAACGAAGGGAACAAUAUCAGCCUCACGUGCAUAGCCACAGGCAGACCGGAGCCUACAGUAACCUGGAGACAUAUUUCCCCCAAAGCCGUGGGCUUCGUGAGUGAAGAUGAGUAUCUGGAAAUUCAGGGCAUCACUCGGGAGCAGUCAGGGGACUACGAGUGCAGCGCCUCCAACGAUGUGGCUGCUCCAGUGGUACGAAGAGUGAAGGUCACCGUGAACUAUCCACCAUACAUCUCAGAAGCUAAGGGCACAGGUGUCCCAGUGGGCCAGAAGGGGACUCUGCAGUGUGAAGCCUCGGCGGUCCCUUCAGCGGAAUUUCAGUGGUUCAAGGAUGACAAAAGACUGGUUGAAGGAAAGAAGGGAGUCAAAGUGGAAAACAGACCUUUCCUCUCAAAACUCAUCUUUUUCAACGUCUCUGAACAUGACUACGGGAACUACACGUGUGUAGCCUCUAACAAGUUGGGCCACACCAAUGCCAGCAUCAUGCUAUUUGAACUAAAUGAGCCUACAAGCUCAACUUUGUUGCAAGAAGUGAAAACUACAGCCCUGACCCCUUGGAAAGGCCCCGGUGCUGUCAGUGAGGUGAGCAAUGGGACAUCAAGGAGGGCAGGCUGCAUUUGGCUCCUCCCCCUUCUGGUCUUACACCUGCUCCUCAAAUUUUGAUGUGAGUGCCCCUUCCCUGCUGGGGAGAGCUGCCGCCACUGCAUCUCAAUACAGCACUGCAACACGACAGCGACAAGUCAGAAUCAAACGAAAUUCAGAGAAUCACAGCCAAUGGGACAGAAAUUCGAGGGAGGGGAACAAAGAAUACUGUGGGAAAGGAAAAACAAAGUUUAAAAAAAAAAAAAAAGGAAAUUUGAAAAUCGCCUUGCAGAUAUUUAGGUACCACUGAGUUUUCUUUCUUUUCCCGGAUGGGAAGAAGGCACACCUGGCUUGGACCCACCCACAAGCUGCACUGUGUGAUCUCUCUGUUGCCAGGGUGGGCAAGGGCUCAGCCACUCUGCCCACUAAGGUGCCCCACCGUGGAACAUUCUGGAGUUGGCCAUCUCAAAUUUCACCGGUCCAUAGGGACAAGCACAGAGUGAGAAACAGGGGCCCAGAUGUGCCACAGAGGGCCCUUUUGGUGGGCUGCGUCAUGGUGGCGUGUGUCAUGAAGUGUGAAAUCAGAAGAAAAAAAAACACAAGAAAGAAAGAAAGAAAGAAAGAAAGAAAGAAAGAAAGAAAGAAAGAAAGAAAGAAAAGAAAAGAAAAGAAAAGAAAACAAGACAGCCUGACAGCAACAUAAUCCCACAAGCGACAGUCACAAAAGAUACCGUUAAAAUUUUGUUUUUCCAUUUUAUCACAUGGACAUCAUGGAUUAAUAAGGGAUUCUGAUUCAUUAUUAAUUUUGUUAAUUAUAUUUUCGGAUAUGAGUCUAGAACCUAGGGCAAAAAUAAGAGACAAAACUAGAAACACACAGGA